UAUACGACCCCCAUACGUAACCAACAAAUAAAUCAUCACAUUCGAGUAUGAAAAGUGUGAAGUUUGUUCCUAAAAUUAGUCUCUCAAAUCUAUUAUUCGAAGUAGACUGUGUAAACUUUCAAUAAGCCAAUAAAGCCGUGAAUCCAAUGAACUAGUCGGUGAAAAAAAUUAAGUAGAGAGAAAAUUAAUACAACUACCACAUAUACAAGAACUGAACACCAAAAAGAUAAUUUGAACUAUAUUUUCAAUUGGUGUAUAGGAGAAAAAUCUUCGAUGACCAGUCUAAUUCGUGAACAAGAAAACAAGUCAUUUUUGGGUUGAUUCCAGAAAAAUGGAUGUUUUAUUUGAUAACGACCUAGAUAACAAUAAUAAUGUAAUACCACUUUUAAAUAAUAACGACCACAAUCAAAUCAAUCUAAACGUUCCAUUUGCGAACGUUGAUGAAAAUAAUAUGAAUAACAAUAUGGAAAACAACGUGCCUCCUAAUGAUGCUGAAGACGCUGAUAUACACGUAUUGAACAAUGCUCAUUUUAUUGCCAAUAAUAUUGAGAAUUAUCAAAAUGAAAUUCCAACAAACAAUGGGAGUAAUAUUGAGAAUCAAAAUGAAAUAACUUCAAAUGAAAACAAUACCAAUGACACAAUACGAAAUCCAUCUGAAAAUGAACAGAAUAUCGCCUCGAGUUUCAGUUCUCUAAAUGCUCGAAAAUCAAAAAAACGUAAGCGUCAUUACAAUUUAAAUAAAAAUAAAAAAUGGAACAAGUCAUUUAAACGUCAAAAGUCAACCAACACCACAAAAUCGGAAGCUGAAAAUGUACUACAAUGUAAUCGAAAUAAACAUCUCUAUGCAAAGGUUCCGAAAAUUAUUUUUAAUAACAAACAAGUAAUGCAUAGAGGUGGCGGAGUUUCAAAAUUUUUCCUACCGGAUAAAAGACCACGAAAAGAUAUGAUUGUUCCUCCAACAAAAUUUUUGCUUGGUGGUAACAUUUCUGACCCGUUAAAUUUAAACAGUCUGCAGGAUGAAGCAUUAGUAUCUAUGAGUGCUGUGACACCAAAAUCAUCUCCAAUUACUACUCCACCAAAGGUAGAAGUGAUUAUUCCUCCAAAUAUUUAUGAUCCUCUACAUUUACUUGAUCCAGUUGAUUCAGUUGAAUAUGAAAAACAAUUAGUCUCGCCACUCAAGGCACGUCGACUGAAUAAGCAACGCAGUAGAAAGAAAAAAAUAAAAAAAUAUGGUACAGAUAUUUUACAAAUAGUAAAAAAAAAUGAGAGUGAAGAUGUGUGUGCUUUAGAUUCUGCACAAAUAACAGCCUCGCCACAAAUUAUUGAUAUACCAACUGUGUGUUUGGAAAAUAUUGUACAUUCGGGAUAUGAAGUACCAUCAAAUUCGACGUUCAAUGAUGAAAAGUGUAAACUUGAGUCGAAUACGGGUAGUGCUACCACUCGGAAAAGGAAAUUUAGUGAAACUGGCGGUAUGAGCAGUUUUAUUGCUAUAGGAAAUGGAAGUACAAUAAAAAAGUUAAGACGCUUCGACUCAAAGGAUAAGAUUGUAAGUCCAGUUAUUCCGCAACCCGGUGCAUGGAAACGCCCACCAAAAGUUCUACUCGGUGCACCUAGAAAUCGUAUCAGAACUACUUCAACAAGUGAUGUUGAUAAUGCUGAUGAGAAUACUACUAAAAAAAAUGAAUUACCAUUAUUUGAGGAAUCGAAGCAAGAUGAAAUACAUAUUUCAAGUACAAAAAACACACCAGAACGAUCCACACAAAGCUAUGUAUCUACCUUGAAGUCUACUACUAAUAAUGCUACAAUGAGUCAAGCUACCGGCUCAAUGAGCAUUACUCCAGAAUCAGCUAAAUACCAAUAUGGAAACUAUGCUGGCCCAUACUGUGGAUUACAAAAUUUAAUCAACCUUUCCGACGUUCGUUUAACUGUUUUUCUUCGACACGCCUAUUUAUUUAAAGAUAAAGAUAUUUUGGAUAUUGGGUGCAAUGUUGGUCAUAUGACAAUCGCCGUAGCUCGUAAAUUAAAUCCAAAUUCAAUAAUAGGUGUUGAUAUUGAUAAAAAUUUGAUAGCUAGAGCACGUCGAAAUUUAUCUAUUUUCCAACGCAUGUCCGAAAAUGAAUUACGUAACUUGAAAGGAAGUUACAAGAUAAAAUACGGAAUGCAACUACGAGCUCGAGAUCGCGAAAGAUGCGAUUUAAGUCAAAUUGAUUUCUUUCCUCUCACAUUUCCAAUUUGUUUUGGUGGUUUGCCAAAUGUUAAACAAAAAGUUGAAUCACCAUCCGCAUCACCUGCGAGCAGUACACAAAAUAUAAGAAUAACAGAACAGUUUGGAGUUGGUUCUUUUACUAAGUUACCAAACAAUGAGAUUGAAUCCUCAAAUAAAACACAAAACGAUACAAUUGCAAAUCGGGCACAAUUCCCCAGUAAUGUAUUCUUUCGCACACUCAAUUAUGCGGUAACUGAAGAAUCACAAAUGGUCUCCGACAGACAACAGUAUGAUUUGAUAUUAUGCUUAUCACUCACUAAAUGGAUUCAUUUGAAUUUUGGUGAUGCUGGUCUUAAAAUGACUUUUCGUCGAAUGUUCAAUCAAUUACGACCAGGAGGAAAGCUUAUUUUGGAGGCUCAAAAUUGGGCAAGUUAUAAAAAGCGGAAAAAAUUGACACCAACCAUUUAUAACAAUUACAAAAAUAUUGAAUUUUUCCCGAACAAUUUUCACGAAUAUUUGUUGAGUCCAGAAGUUGGAUUUAGUCAUUCAUAUACUUUGGGUGUUCCAAGACAUACAAGUAAGGGUUUCUACCGACCCAUUCAACUAUAUAUAAAAGGUGAUUUCACACCAAGUCAAAUUCGUUGGAGCGAUACUUAUCAUCCACAAACACCCUAUGAGCCAAUGAUUGGUUAUUCACAUUACGUUGAUCCGAUGAGAAUUACAUAUGGUUCUCACUGGAACUACAAAGUGUCCAACAUGUAUAAAAAUCGGGAUACGUCUUUUCCCAAUAGUGCAAAUUUAUAUAAUACACCAUCUCAUGGCAUCUCAUCAACAUCACGAUAUUAUAAUCCUUUAGAAACCGACAGUUAUUUACCAAGUUAUGAUAAUGUUGUAUCGACACGGCAUUACUGUUUUGCAUCGCCAUUAUAUUCUACAGUCUGGUCACCACCAAGUGGACGUCGAUCUGCAUCUCAGACGCCAUUAUUUGGAAGUAUUCGAAGAGUUGAAGCUGAUGAUCAGGAAAACGGAAAAAAACACAUAUAUCUUACACCCAGGGCUUUAGAUGGGAGUAGUUCUUGUAUUGAUGAAAACAACAUCGCAUCACCCCAAAUACAUCACAUGUGCAGUAUUAGAGAGUCAGAUCUGGAUACAAAUACAAAUUCCCCGAAGCACGUAUAUGCUUUUCAGUGAUUGUGUACUUACGCAAAAGGGCUAUAUCGGUUUUAAAAAUGGAUUUACGAUUUUCAUUCUGCAUUUUUCAAAUAUCUCAUAAGACUUUUAGUCGAGGAGGUUUUUUCAACCAGAAAACAGAUAUUUGUAAGAAUUCAGCGUAAAAAUGACCAAGUCCAUUGUCACAAAAUGAAAUGGAUUAAAGAUAAUCUUAUUUUUUAAUUUACAAAUAGGAAAAUAAUUUGACACCUGUGAUUUGAUGGAAAUAUAUGUUCGUAAAUAUUAAAAUUACACGAAAAAAUUCAAA